UACAACUUUGAUAAAUAAAUUCACGAUAUUGGCCUAUCAGAAACGAAAGUAUAAGCGCGAUAAUAUAUAUUAACACGCUGUAAAAGCCAGGCCUAAAGGGGAACCAACCCAAGGUCAAUAAACGAAACGAAUAAGAACUUUGAUAUUUAAAUGUACUGUGGCGUGCAUGCGCGUACGUACGUGCUUUAUUCAAGAUGGCGGCCAGCAGACGACAACGGCGGAAAACAUGGCGAAGUGGUUAACGAGCGAGCUGUCAUGCGGGUGCCGAUAAGGGAAAAAUUAAGAGUAACGGUUCGUUUCGACGGCGAAGAGGAAGUUUAAGGUUAACUUGGUCCCGGCGAGUUAAAAGGAGACGCUAGUUCAUGGAAUCGAGGUGAAUUGUCACGAGCCAUCGCGACGCCGACACGGUCUGCCACCGAUCGUCUCGUGUCUGACGUAAACGAAAAAUUAACCUCCGCCAGUGGCAGUAUUCCUAAUUCAACCACCGUACAUUUCGUAAUUCAAGAUAUGUAUUUCCGUCGAGGUGACACAAUCAAGUAUAUCUAUAAGGGAGCGAUUGCGUCCUCAAGUUCUGGCGCGUGUACUUGUCCGCAAGGCUGAAAAACUCCCCCUUAGAACUGUGCCAAAACCCCGCUUUCAUAUUUCACUGUCGCGACAACUAUCGGAUCUAGUAAUUUGUAGUCCGUGCAGGCCCCAUUAGACGUGCUGAAAUGGUUUCCAAGUGAUUUCGAUGGACUCUGCGUUGCUAGUCAGUAUUUGCCAGAAGCUUAGUGUUCGCUGCGCUGCUAGGAUGUUAAUCGGACCGGUGUACAGGAAGUUAUUCUGGAAAGGAAUGCAGAGUUUCCGGUUCUGUUAUCAAUGAUUGCCUAGGAAAGUCGGAGGACCAGGAAUCGGUAAGCCAGAAACAGCGAAUGUUAGAGAGAAGCCUGCGAUGAUGGACUGAUCGUUCGCUUUUGAAGACUUCGCAUCGAGUAUUAUGGAGCGAAGCAACACGGACGAUGCCUCUGCCCCAGCAAGGACCGAUGCCUCGCCGAAGCUGAAACCGAAGAAGAAAUCCCUGUGCCGCUUGUUGAUGGCUAAGAAGACAAAGAUUGGCUGCUCGGAGACCUCCUGCAUGGAUGGAGACUCGACCAAGGAUUCUAAGCUCGAGAAUUCCCAACACAGCUCGAGGACGAGCACUAAAUUGUCGCUCUGCUGUGCGAUGACUGAGCGCAGUGGAACUCCUCCGCAAAGCUUGACUCUUGGUGGAUUGUCCCCGACUACUCCGAGCCACGCUUCGGUGAAGUCUGAAGCAGCGUCGAUCAACGGACACUGUCAAUUUCAUGCUGCAGUCGAAAAGGCUGAUAGCGCUCCAGCCAAUCCAGCAUCAAAAAGCCCAGAGAACAUGGCUGCAUUUAACGAGCUCCGAAAGAAGGAUCAACGACAGAGUGUCUGCCUGGAAGACCACUCGUCCUCGGGGUCCACGUCUCCGAAUGUGUCGACGAUCCUGAAGAGGAAGCUGCUGCACCGGCGAUCAGCUGACAAUCUGACAGUAGAGUCGCCCACGUGUUCUCUUCGUCACUCCAGUCCAGAGUCGAUAAAAAGUGCGCCAAUCCAGCUGAAGCCGAGAUCGACAUCUCAGGAUGCCCUGUCGAAGAGGAACCACGUUUCCCAUGCAGAUGGAGCUUCCAUGGAUAGUCUGGCGAAGCAAGCUCUACUUGCAGCUCAAGUUCUCAACUUGAUCCCUACUCAAAAGGCUAGAGAGAGGAACUUCCUUCACGGGAGAGUCGCUGCGAAUUCAUUGUUGGGCCCUGUUGAGCUGGAAAAAGUGCUGCCCAAUCGGGAGAUCAAAAUCUUUGUCGGAACUUGGAACAUGAAUGGCCAAACACCGCCGAAGGAGCUCAACGAUUUUAUGUUGCCUUCGGACAUCGAGACUGUCCCGGACAUGUUGGCCAUUGGAACACAAGAGUCAUGUUCGGAGCGCAGCGAAUGGGAGGCUGCACUGCAGGAAACGGUGGGCCCUUCUCACGUCCUGUUGACAAGCACCAGCCUUGGCACUCUUCACCUGGCGAUUUUCCUCAGAAGAGACCUGAUCUGGUUCUGUUCGGUCCCGGAGGAUUCGAAUUUCUCCACGAGGCCAGGAACCGCUUUUCGGACCAAGGGUGCAGUGGCCUUGGCCUUGAUGAUCUUCGGGACCAGCUUCCUCUUUGUGACGGCUCACCUGACGGCUCAUCAGGACAAGGUCAAGGAACGAAUAAGCGACAUCAAGAGGAUCGUGAGGAACCUCGAUCUCCCUAAGGAUCUGCCCACGAAACACAAGAGUAAAGACGUGACCCAGAACUUCGACUGCGUCUUCUGGUUCGGCGACCUGAACUUCAGGCUGGCCCAGCCAAGGGAAGAAGUCGUUCGGUGGGUGACCGACACGAGAUUCCCUCAGGAAUUCCCUGUGAGCCUUCACAAGGACCAACUUCGCAUGAUCCUGGACGACGGUGCAGUUUUGCGAGGAUUCGAGGAGGCUCCCAUUACGUUUCCCCCGACCUACAAAUACGACCCUGGCACCCAGAAUUUCGACUCCAGCAGCAAACAGCGGACUCCUGCCUACACGGACAGGAUCCUCUUCAAGGGGAAAGGACACACCAGGGGAUACAUAAGAAGAGUCAGCUGUGACAGCACUUCGGCUUAUAAGGACGGCACUUUGGAGUGCUUAAUAUACGACUCUGUACCCAGCAUCUGCACCUCGGAUCACAAACCAGUCUGGGGCGUCUUCAAGACUACCUUGAGACCUGGAAUAGACACAAUUCCUCUGGCAGCUGGGCUGUUCAAUCGCGAGAUUUACCUGGAAGGAAUCAAAAGGAGGGCAGCAGCGAUGGACGAGUCUCGAGGUGCUCCCAGAGUAUGCUCGGUCCAGUGACGCAAAAAGGAUUUCAACUCUCUCUAAGUGCAGACUAUUUGCCAAUUGAGGAUGCUGACAAGCAACCUGUCCUAGCCUUGGAUAGGCUCUUUCCAUUUCCAGGUAUCUCGACGACUCCAAGUCGGCUGAUUACGCUUACGUUUGUAUACGUAGAAACCUGCGAUCGGCACUCCUCGUGGAUCGCAAAGAAUCUAGUCAAGACGUUUAUCGAUUAUCAUUAAUCCUCGCCUAAGAUAUACUAUGGACACUUGUUAACAGCGUAUUCUAGAUUUCUCCAGAGCUGGACGGCGUGAUUGAGGUGAGGUGAAACCCGUCGAGACAUUUCAUCGACGUUGGUAAAAAGAAUUCUCCUAAAUACCUACGUUAUCGACGUUCGUAUUUAUAUCGACAGCCGUGUCGA